GCCUCGCAAGCCACAAUGCAUUUUCUUGAACUCUGCCUAUUUUAAGCUGUAUUUCCCAUGGAGGUGUUUCACUUCAUCUUCCCUUCAGAAUAAUCUGGUUUACACACUGUAAGAAAUCCCUCCAUAGUAGGGAUGGUAUGGAGACACUCCUUUUUUUUUUAAUAUGGGAUAUUUCAGUCCACUUGUAAAGAAGGGUACCCUGAACAUGAUGCAGACUUUGAAAAAAUUCAUUAAUGCUAGAUACUGAUCAGAUACUGAUCGCCAGUAAGAACAAUAUCUGAUUUCCUAGGGGCUAUCGACAUUAGAUUAUUGCAUGUGCAGAUAUCCCAGCUGCUUUUCAGGUGUCUUUGGUAAAGCAAACAGAGGUGGAUGCCAUCAAAGAAUUACUGCUUUUCAAAGACCUCUCCUGUGCAACCGUGGUCUAAUUUAAAAGACUCUUCUAAGGCUUCCCUGUCCUCUAGGUGCCAGUGGGAUUCUUGUCCUUCUGCAGACUGCUGUGCUCCACGGGAGGCUUCCCGAAACACCUUGCGUGACCUUGGAGGAGGUUCUGAGGGAGAAAGAAAGAACAUUCAGUCACUUACUGAUCUCCACCAGAGAGAAGGCUCAGUGAGGUAGAAGGCAGCAGCAUGAAUGAGAGUGUCAGUGACAGAAGGUGCAGCGAUGCCAGUGCACUUCGCAUGGAUCUCUCCAAUCUUGUGACCUGGGCACACACUCAUGGGACCAUAUGCAACCAAAUCCCAGCCUUGGAAAUUGUGCAGAACAUGGGUCAUCCUAGCAAGGACAAUUCUCUUCUGUGGAUAUGUGGAGGUGGACAUGCCUAUCACUGGCAGUGUGGAAAAUUGUAUGUCAGUAGCAGAGAAGAGAACGAAGCUGUAGAAAAGAGAAGGAGGUUAGUAUCUUCUGAGGCUUCGUCAAGGGGAGCUAAUUCAGAUGAAAAGAGGUUCAGGAUGACCCCAUCUUUUGAGAGGGCUGUUAGCACAAGGUCAUGCAGCAGACCUCCAGGGGUCACUCAGCAGAAAGACGACACAGUCUACAUAAUACAUAACGAAGCGUCACCCAGAGAAAACCAAAAAAAUAGCAAAUCCAUGAAAUCGUGCUUUGCAGCAGAGCAGCAUUUGUCAAUAUCUGGUGGUGAAGGCAGAACUGACAGACAGAAAGUGAAGCUUGAAGGCAACGAAGACCUGCAAAUCAUCUCCGAUGAAGAACAGUGUAUAUCAGACCAAGAAGACCGAGGAGACCAAAUCAACCAGCGUGUUCUGACAGAAUCACCAAUUAAGGGUGUAACUGCUGAGGCUGAUUUGCAAACACAUCCCAGUGAGAAGAUGGCAUUUAACAAGCCAAAGCCAGAUGUUUGGGCUGCCACUGCCCCCACAGGAAACCCACCCCUAACUCCUGCCUGCGUUUGGAAGUCCCCCAUCAGCAAUGAAGAGAGCCUGGACAGCAGCUUCUUGAUAUUAGGCCCUCUCAAUCCUGUAGGGUCCAUGACUGAAACUUCUAGAGCCAGAAAUCCUUCUGGGUCAGCAAUACCAAAACAACAUUUAAAAUCUGUUCCCAUCUCCAACACUGAAGCAAAGGCCCAACUUGAGUCACCCAGCUCUGUGACAUUCUUUGAGUUUGAGGCCACUGUAGAUGUCCAGCAGCAGCUCCAGCUGAGCCCUCCUGAGCACGGCAUACCAGGAAUAGGCUUAAGAGGGAAGGUUACCGAAAACCCUGUCGAGGAGAGUGAACCGUCAGGAUCCAGGCACACGCCGCAUCUUUCAGCCUCAUUGAGUCCAGAGACCGAGAACGCAGACCAUCCACCUGCAUCAGCAAACAAAAAUGUGUUGAAGAAGUGGGAGAAAAGGAGAAACCGUAACACUGGCGAUAUAAAAAUGUUCAGGGACUGGCUGGUUUUACAUUGCCCUUCUGAAACGCGCGAGGUCUAUAGGCUGCCACCUGAAGACCUCGAUAGUUACCUGGUCUCCUUCUACACUUCGGCAAAGAGACAGAACGGCACAGAUUUUUCCUCCAGUUCUUUGCACUUCUUCCAGAGCAGCAUAGAGAGAUACCUCAAGGACCACAACUACAAGUUCAGUGUGGUUAAAGGGCUGGAAUUCAGAGCAUCUCAGGAAGCCUUGAAACUAAAGCAUCAACACCUAUCUCAAAAAGAGAGGGAGGGAGAGUGGAGUAUUUUGGAAAACCUGACAGAUGAAGAAGUGGAAACUCUUCGUAAGAAGGGACUUUUAAGUAAGAUGCACCCACAGAGCUUUUUGCACCUCAUAUUCACAAAUAUCAUUAGGGGGUUUGGGGCCAGUACACACAGUCAGAGCCAUAACCUGUACUGGGGACAGCUCGUGCUGAAGAAGAGCGAGGAAGAGCUGGAGUACUUGGAGUGGAAGGAUGAGCCGAGAGCAGAGGCGAAUACAGGGGCAUUGGGCCCACGUCUCUUUGCCAAGCCUGACAGCCCAGAUAACUGUCCCAUUGCAGACUAUAAGGAAUAUGCCAAGAGGAGGCCGCUGGAUAUGCUUCACGACUACGACCCGCUCUAUCUAGCUCCCAAGCCCCUCUGCUCCAUUUGGGACCAAGUAUGGUACUGCAGAAAGUCACUGACAAAAGCCAAAAUGGAAAAGAUCUUGAAAGUUAUUAUCCAGGAAGUCAAAGGACCCAUAAAGAGGUCCAAGAAAUAAACAUAUCCACUUCGUUCCUGCCAUCCCACUUUUUGACGGGAGCGUGACCGUGCAAGGUUUAAAUGGCGAUGCUCAGCGUGGGUUGGGAACCUCCUGCUCUUCCGUGUCACCUUAGAACACAAGUCAUCAACAGGUUUGCAUCCCCUUCGCUUUCAGGUGAAGAGGAAAGCUUCGUUGUUCCUUCUGUUAAUGGAAUUGAUAAUUCAGGGAGUUAAAUACGAGUGUCUUAGGUUUCACAUUUGGAAAACAAGUUAAUGUUCUACUGCAUCGUUAACGACAUGAUAAAAUAGCUGCGGAGAGGGCUCAGUAGCUGAGUGGCUGGGCUGGGUGUUUAAGCUGCACUCAUGUUUAGGGCAGCUGGUGCUUGCAAACAGCGUUUGGUCUGUAGCAUAAGCUUAUCGUAAAAAUAAACAACAUGGGCUCGUUCUGGGGUGGAAGGAGAACAAUGAAAUGCCACGUUUGCCAGCUGCUGAUCCGUAUCUCGUGGGAAUGUGUUCCACAGGGUUCGUGUCAUUUUUCUUAGUGAAAGGUCUGUAGGUUUAAGAAGUUGGGACUGUGUUUUAAGAAGUUAUUUAAAAUGGCUGACAGCAUCGAGAGGGUGGGUGGUGCUUUCAUAAACACACUCGGGUAGAGGUAGUCGACGUUUUUCAGCAGUUCAAGUACAAUUCCAUCAAUGCAUUGAGUUAUUGGGUUGAAUUGUUGUCAUAGCCUAAUAAAAGAACGUUUUACUCAGCCC